AUGCCACCGCCUCCCGACCCGCGCCCGACAAACCUGUUCGUCCCGUCCAAACGCGCCUCGUCGGGCCGCAACCCCCCACCACCUCCAGCACCGCCUCCAGGCCGCGCUCCUCACCGUCCGCCCGCCGCCGCCUACAACGGCUCCACCUCGUCCACCUCGUCGUACAACGGUCGGCCAACUGCCGACGCCGGCUACGGCCCGACGUCGCACCCUCCCUCGUCCAACGGCGGCCGCAGCACCGUCGCCAACCCGUUCCGCCCACCCGCGCCGACAGGCGCGCCGGCACCUCGCCGCCGGGCGUCGGGCGCGUUCGACCGGGGUGAGCUCGCCGCCAAGACCCGCCUCGCCGUCACCGACCUCAUGGGCGUCGUCCGGGACCUGCGCGACGACGCGCACGAGGCGGCCCAGUUCCGGUUCCCCCUCGACGGCCCCGACGGCGACGCCCUCGCCGCCAAGGUCGCCGACCAACGCGCUCGCGACGCCGCCGAGCGCAAGGCCGUCAUCGACGAGGGCCACGCCCGCCUCACGGCGAGCGCGCUCGACCUCGUGCGCGCGGUCGUCGACGGCGUCUCGUCCGACGCGAUCGCCCGCCCCUCGCGCGACCUCGACGAGCUCCGGGACCAGGUCCGCCAGCUCAUGUCGCAGACCCGCACCGACCCUGCCCCUGCCGCGUCUUAG